AGCCGAGUUUAAAGGGCAGAGUUGUAAAAACUCCCAGGCAGUGGGGAGUCGGAUUGCCUGACAACAGACUCCAAAAGAAAAAUCAGCAUUAAAUCAACUUAAUCAUAUCCAUGCAACCCAACUGGAAUAUUCCUGUCGACAUCUGCUAGCUAGCAACCGAAGCGGAGAGGAAAAACGGUCGUUUAAUGAGACGAUUUUCCCCAUCAUCCACCAGCACCCACUGAUCACUACUGCCUUGGAGGUUUUUGCAGCACUCGACACUAAAAACGCAGCUCUCGACUAAAACAGCUAUGCAGCUUGAAAUACAAGUAGCGCUGAACUUCAUCAUUUCCUAUCUUUACAACAAACUCCCACGGAGGCGGGUUAAUAUUUUCGGUGAGGAGCUGGAGAGGCAGUUGAAGAAGAAAUACGAAGGACAUUGGUACCCUGAUAAGCCAUAUAAAGGAUCCGGGUUUAGGUGCAUCCACGUGGGUGAAAAAGUAGAUCCGGUCGUAGAGGAAGCAGCCAAAGAAAGCGGACUGGACAUCGAGGAUGUCCGCAAUAACUUGCCUCAGGACCUCAGCGUUUGGAUCGACCCUUUCGAGGUGUCCUAUCAGAUUGGAGAAAAGGGAGCCGUUAAGGUGCUGUACGUUGACGAUAAUACUGAAAAUGGCUCCGAGUUGGAUAAAGAAAUCAGAAACAGUUUUAACCCCGAGGCUCAGGUGUUCAUGCCAAUCAGCGAGCCGGUGGGCGUGUCCUCUGAGUCCAGUUCUCCGUCGCCGCCACCGUUCGGUCAGUCGGCGUCGGUUAGUCCAUCCUUCAUGCCACCACGCUCCGCUCAGCCUUUAACCUUCACCACCGCCUCAUUCGCCGCCACCAAAUUCGGCUCCACUAAAAUGAAGAACAGCGGCCGAAAUGGUGGGAAAGUUGCACGCACAUCGCCCACCAAUCUGGGCCUGAAUGUCAACAGCCUCCUCAAGCAGAAAGCCAUUUCCAGCUCCAUGCAUUCACUCUACGGUUUCGGCCUCGGUAGUCCGCAGCCGCAGAAACCCUCAGCUUUGUCUCCCAACGCCAAGGAGUUUGUGUUCCCCAAUCUGCAGGGCUCCAGCGCGGCGUUCGCUAGCGAGAAUACGCUCAGCCCAUUACCAUACAGCAAUGCCUUUGACGUGUUCACGGCGUACGGGAGCGUCAAUGACAAGUCGCUCAUGGAGGGCUUAAACUUCAGUCUGGGCAACAUGCAGUAUUCCAACCAGCAGUUCCAGCCGGUCAUGGCUAACUGAGGAGCGAUUGUUGGCUAAAGGAAAACGUAAGGCAAAGACUCACUUGUGAUGUGGAAACCAAGACCCCGGUCGUCACCGAUAAGCGCAUGUGCCCAAGGGUGUUAUUUAAUUUGAUUUAUUUACUUUCUUCCUUCAAUCUUGGCUCCCUUGAGUUUGUACUGAAAGCUUGUGUUAUACACAAACACACACACACACUUACACGCACACAUGCACAUCCAAGCCUGGUCAACACGCGUCAAUGUUGUCUUUUCCUUUUAUGCCAAUAAUGCAAAAAACAAAAACGAAAAAAAAGAUUUUUUACUACCUUUUUGGAAGAAAAAUACUCUAAAAUAUUGGGGAAAAAAAAAAACAACUACACAGAAGUUCAAGUUCUGGCCUCUUACAGUAUUUUAAAGUGGGUAAGACUUGCUGAUUUUUAAGAAAUUGGCACUAAUGAAAUGUGUGUGUAUACAUAUGAAGAGUUCAGAUGCAGAAACCUCCAAGCGCCGUCUGAAAUAUCCAUCAAAAAUGAACGUUUUUCUCAGCCUCCUUUUGUUUAUGUUGAGAUAUUUCACUUUAAAGAUCAGGAAAAGGACUUCUCAUUGGCUAUAAAAGUGAUGUUACUGAACAUACACACAGGAGACUGAUAAAAACACUCAUUUUAGAGGACAACUUCAGACGGCAUUUAGAGGUUUUUGCAUCUAAACUCUUUAUAUAUAUAUAUAUGAAUAUCUGGGGUUACGUGGUCUUUUUUUCUAAUUGUAUAAUUUAAUUGAGUACAGAGUUUGUAAAAUAUCAGAGUAUAUAUAUUGUUUCUACAACAUGGUAUUGCAUUUAUAUCUUUUUACUACUCCAGUGAUCUGUGAUGGCUGCAGAAGCUUUACGUUAUAAUAUAUUUUGUUUUUUGUUUCCUUUUUUUAAAAGAGAAAUUCAUCUUUAAGAAUAAUAGCUCAAACUCUAAAGAUUGUGUACAGAAUAUUCCUUCGUGUUGGGAUUUCGGUGUGGGAAUAUUUGCUUUUUUGAAACAAAAAGAGUUGUAUUUUCUGUUAAGAGUCACAACAGAUUUUUGCUAUAUUAUGGACAAUGUAAUCGUAUAUAUUAAUUUUGUACCUACAUUGUGCAAUACUUGAUAAAAACAAAUUAUGGUAUAACAAAGUAUUUUGAGUCAGUGUCUUACAUGUCAAGAGGGACUGAAAUAGUUUAUAUUAAGUUUGUAUUAAAAUGCUUGAAAAUAUAUGCUUGUCUUUUAUUUUAUUUUUUAUUUGACAUUUGCACCCUGGCCUUUUUCAAUAAAAGAAAAUUUAGGCAAGAAUAAA